ACAAGACAAGUCUGCCAUUUGCUGCUUUCGCUUCGUUUAUAUAAUUCGUAUUAUUAUUUUCAUUAAUUAUUCAGCAAUUAAUUUCCAUCGGGAAAACAACAACUUAUUUGUUCGAAGCCAAGAUCAAGUAGAAAAAUAAAUCCACAAAUAAGGGAAAAUAAUCUUUCCCCCUCUUUACUUCUUUCUCCACAGUGGAACAAUGAUUAAGUUUGUCAUUUUAUUAAGCUUACUCAGCUUAUUGCUCCCGGAGAGCUUUGCUGAGGAGAAAUUAAUUCGAGUUCCCAUCCAGAAAAUAAAAUCGGCACGAAAACAUUUCUAUGAGGUAGGAACGGAAUUGCAACAACUACGUUUAAAAUAUGGAGCUGGAGGUGUCACACCUGAACCUUUAUCAAAUUAUUUGGAUGCGCAAUACUAUGGCCCAAUCUCAAUUGGCACACCACCACAAAAUUUCAAGGUAGUUUUCGAUACCGGCUCUUCGAAUCUGUGGGUUCCUAGCAAAAAAUGUCAUUUGACCAACAUUGCUUGCCUCAUGCAUAAUAAAUACGAUGCCACCAAGUCCAAGACUUUUAAGCAAAACGGUACUGAAUUUGCCAUACAUUAUGGAUCUGGUAGUCUGUCUGGUUAUUUGUCUACGGAUACGGUUAACAUUGGCGGCUUGGAUAUUAAGGACCAGACAUUUGCCGAAGCUUUGAGUGAACCCGGCUUGGUCUUUGUUGCUGCCAAAUUCGAUGGUAUUUUGGGCUUGGGUUACAGUUCAAUAUCGGUGGAUGGUGUUAAGCCACCAUUCUAUGCUAUGUAUGAACAGGGUUUGAUUUCGCAACCAAUUUUCUCAUUCUAUUUAAAUCGCGAUCCCAAAGCCCCAGAAGGGGGUGAAAUCAUUUUCGGUGGUUCUGAUCCUGAUCACUAUACCGGUGAUUUUACAUAUUUGCCAGUAACACGCAAGGCUUAUUGGCAAAUCAAAAUGGACUCGGCAUCAAUGGGUGAUUUGAAAUUGUGCCAAGGAGGCUGUCAAGUAAUUGCUGAUACCGGCACCUCUCUCAUUGCUUUACCUCCCAGUGAAGCUACAUCUAUUAACCAAGCUAUUGGUGGAACUCCGAUUAUGGGUGGUCAAUACAUGGUGGCCUGUGAUGAUAUCCCCAAGUUGCCUGUUAUUAAAUUUGUUCUUGGUGGCAAAACAUUUGAGUUGGAAGGUAAAGACUAUGUAUUGCGUAUUGCUCAAAUGGGUAAAACAAUUUGCUUGUCCGGUUUCAUGGGCAUUGACAUUCCACCACCCAAUGGACCUCUAUGGAUUUUGGGAGAUGUUUUCAUUGGCAAAUACUAUACAGAAUUUGAUAUGGGCAAUGACCGUGUUGGUUUUGCCAUUGCCAAAUAAGCAGCAGUUGUCUGUGAAUCCAACAGAAGUGAAGUUUCUUUGUUAAUUUUAUCAAAUGUUUUGGAUUUUAUUUGUAUUGGUAAUGUGUAUGAUGGCUUUGUUAAAAGUAAAUGUAAAAUGAUGGACUGUAUCGUAUUAAAUGCAAAACAACAAUAAAGAUUAAAUUUGAUCAAUUUA